CUGCGUCAUACCUUUAUCUAUAGCCUUCCCCAGGUCUUAAAGGUCCUGAAAGUUUACUGUGGACAUCGGACUUGGUGGAACAGCAAUCAUGACUGUGGGCAAGAGCAGCAAGAUGCUGCAGCACAUUGACUAUAGAAUGAGAUGUAUCCUGCAAGAUGGCCGGAUCUUCAUUGGCACCUUUAAGGCUUUUGACAAGCAUAUGAAUUUGAUCCUCUGUGAUUGUGAUGAGUUCAGGAAGAUCAAGCCAAAGAAUGCAAAGCAGCCAGAGCGUGAAGAAAAGCGGGUUUUGGGUCUGGUGUUGCUGCGUGGGGAGAACUUGGUAUCCAUGACUGUGGAGGGGCCACCCCCCAAAGAUACUGGCAUUGCUCGGGUACCACUUGCUGGAGCUGCUGGAGGCCCUGGAGUUGGUAGGGCAGCUGGCAGAGGAGUACCAGCUGGUGUACCAAUUCCCCAGGCUCCUGCUGGAUUAGCAGGCCCUGUCCGAGGAGUUGGGGGACCAUCCCAGCAGGUCAUGACUCCACAGGGAAGAGGCACUGUGGCGGCUGCUGCUGUUGCUGCCACUGCCAGCAUUGCUGGAGCACCAACACAGUAUCCACCAGGACGGGGGACUCCACCCCCACCUGUAGGCAGAGCAACCCCUCCUCCAGGAAUAAUGGCUCCUCCACCUGGUAUGAGGCCACCCAUGGGCCCACCGAUUGGGCUUCCCCCUGCUCGAGGAACGCCAAUAGGCAUGCCUCCUCCAGGAAUGAGACCCCCUCCACCAGGAAUUAGAGGUCCACCUCCCCCAGGAAUGCGUCCACCAAGACCCUAGGAUACUUUUGAUUCAUCUCAGUCACUUUUUUCCCUGCAAUGUGUCUUGUGAAAUUGUGUAGAGUGUUUGUGAGCUUUUUGUCCCCUCUUUCUGCAUUAAUAAUAGCUAAUAAUAAAUGCAUAGAGCAAUUAAA